UUCCGAUUUAGAACUUAAUUUCUAACUACUUGAUAGACUUCAUUAGCCUUAUGUUCUAUAAUUUAAUUGACAUGAAGUGUUGAGUUAUAAUUGGAGAAAUGAGGAGUGAAGUCGUUUAAGGAAGGACCUCGUCUUUCUUUUAUUGUAAUUGAAACUUAUGUGAAUCAGUCCGAAAUAGAAACUGAAGCAAGACUUGAGAUUCAGUUCGCCGAGACCUUAUCCCCAAACCCCCACCCUUAAUUACAGGGACCAAUUACCUAUUUUUAUACAACCUAUCGAAUCCUAUUCCAAAUUUAUUUCAAGGAACAAAGCCGACCCCAGCUGGCUUUUUAAAGCAGAAAUGUCUUAUUACAUAAGUAGAAAUAUGCAAACUACUGAAUAACUAGAAUGAUUGUCUAUUCUGUGAAUUAUGCAGUGGAUCUCCUUAUUGACUGCAACUUCGACAUCGAUCUCUGAUCGUCUUUAAAUUAUAAUUAUUUAAUUAAUUCCAAUCACACGUCUUCGACACAGACGGUGAACAGCGAGAUUUGUCCCCUGUUUAAAUUUGUGUCUGGGUUUCGAUAAUUAGAAAAUGAAAAACUAAAUUCGUUGUUCACGAAAUUGAAAUUAUAGCAAUAAUUAGAAAAAUGAACUGCUUUCGUUUUUGAAAAAAAAUCCGAUGAACAAAAUAUCAAACCUUACACAAUCAUUUGGAAUAUUUAGUCUGUGCCCGUGUUGUGACCUCCAGAGGUCACAGCCAAGAGUUAAUUACCGGCGAGUGUUUGGAAAUUCUCAGGAAAUAAUUUGGCGAAAGUUUAAUUUUUGUAAACGUCUUGAUGAAGUGACCAACAUGAUUGUGGGAAGACACUGUAUAAAUCCGGUCCUGUUCCGUAAAUGGUUCUGCUGGAAACCAUGGAGCAAAUACCGAAGUUUGUUCAGCAAAACUGGAAUAUGGGAAAAUACUUUCAAAGCUGAAAAACGAAAAGAAAUUGAAGAAUAUUGGAAACCUAAAAUUCAGGAACUUGAUCAAAUCGGUGCAACGGACCCAAAUGCUGACAAAUAUUAUGUCUUAUCAAUGUUUCCUUAUCCAAGCGGACGUCUUCACAUGGGACAUGUUCGUGUCUACACCAUAAGCGACGCCAUGGCUCGUUAUAAGCGACUCCUGGGUAAAAAGACCAUUCACCCGAUGGGAUGGGACGCUUUUGGGUUACCUGCAGAGAAUGCUGCCAUAGACAAAGGCCAACAUCCGGCAAAAUGGACAUACAGUAACAUCAAGUCUAUGAAGAAACAAAUUGAAGAUUUGUGCUGCAGCUUCGACUGGGACAGGGAGAUCUUCACAUGUGAUCCAGCCUAUUAUAAGUGGACACAAUAUAUCUUCCUGAAAAUGUAUGAAGCUGGUUUAGUUUAUCACAAACAGGCUUUGGUAAACUGGGACCCUGUUGACCAGACAGUUCUUGCUGAUGAACAAAUCAAUGACCUUGGCUGUUCUUGGCGUUCUGGGGCCAAAGUUGAGAAACGGUCCCUUCGUCAAUGGUACCUCAAGACCACAGCUUAUGCUAAGUCUCUGUGGGACGGUCUUGCAACUGUUGACCAAAAUCUUUGGGGAGACAUCAUUAGUUUGCAAAAGAAUUGGAUUGGUAAAUGCGACGGCUGCCAUUUCUACUUCACAAUAAUGGAUGGAGCUACAGAACUGCCAGAUGCUGUUGCUGUUUUCACAAAGCAACCAGCAGCCAUUUAUGGAGUCAGUCACCUGGCAUUGGCGCCAACACAUCACCUCAACGUUCCAGACUACCACACACCAGGGGUUGAUCAAACAGCUGGGAACAAAGACCAAGAUGUGUUGCUGACAGUAAAAGCCAUUCAUCCAUUCACCAAAGCAGAAAUUCCUGUUAUUGUCUCACCAACAACAGAAUUUGACAUGUUCAAUGAAUGUAGUUUAGGAAUUCCGUGUUUGUCUGUUGAGGAUGCUAAAACGGCCCAAGAAUUUGGACUCGAAACUGUUGAAGUAUUUGCUACAAAUGGAGACGAAGAAGUCCUCAUAAACUCUGGACAGUUCACUGGUUUUAAGAAAUCUGAGGCAAUGAAAUCUAUACAAGAAUAUGCGAAGCAAAAUAAUGUUGGUGGUCAUUUAGUGAGUUCCCACCUGAAGGAUUGGUUAAUCUCAAGACAGCGCUACUGGGGGACACCAAUUCCGUUGAUCCAUUGUGAAAAAUGUAAGGUUGUCCCUGUGCCAUACCAAGAUUUACCUGUUGAGUUAGCUACAGUGGAAGAAUUGUCUGGAAAAUGUAUUGCACCACUCUCACAUCUCAAAGACUGGCAGAAAGUCCAAUGUCCACAGUGUGGAGGUCCAGCCAAGCGAGAAACGGAUACAAUGGAUACCUUUGUGGAUUCUUCAUGGUACUUCCUGCGGUACCUUGACCCUUGCAAUGACAGUGCCAUGUGUGAUCCAGCAGCUGCAGUAAAAGAAAUGCCUGUUGACCUCUAUAUUGGUGGCAAAGAACAUGCCACACUUCAUCUCUACUAUGCCCGUUUUGUCAGCCAUUUCCUCUAUGAUUUAGGGGUCUUGGCUCAGAAGGAACCCUUUAUCAACUUGCUCACGCAAGGUAUGGUGAUGGGUCGCAGUUACAAAGUCAGAGACACAGGUUCAUAUCUCUCUGAGGACCAAGUGGACUUUUCAGGUGACCACCCUGUUGAAGCAGCGACUGGAUUGGCUGUGGACACAUUCUGGGAGAAAAUGAGUAAAUCUAAGCAGAAUGGUGUUGAUCCUGAGGAUGUCUUGAAUGAGUUUGGAGUUGAUUCUACCCGGAUAUGCAUUUUGUCAAAUGUUGCUCCAAAAUCUCACAGGAAUUGGUCCAAUGAAGAGUUCCGAGGAAUCAUUAACUGGCAGUCUAAAAUCUGGAAGAUAGUCUCAGACUAUAUCCUCAUGAAAACUUCAGGCUCAUUCCAAGAAGUUUCUCCACAACUUUUGAAACAACACGAAGAGAAAAUGUUUGAAUUUAGAAACUACUUCUUAAAAGAGGUGACGUUCCACUUUGAGAAGACAUUUCUUAUCAGUGUUGCCAUAUCUCGGCUGCAGGGUUUCACAAACAGCAUCAGGAAAAUUCCUGCAGAUGUGAGGGUCAACAGCGAAGUGUUUGGUUCCGUCUUGGCUGAUUUUGUCAUCAUGCUUGGUCCCUUGGCGCCAAGUUUUGCUUCUGAAUUGUGGGCAGGAUUGGGCAGUGUGUCCCCUCACACUUCUUCUUAUGAUUGGAGUCAAAAUGUUCUACACCAAAAAUGGCCCAGGAUUGAUGAAAAGUACCAACUUCCGUUAAUUGUUAGGCAUCAAGGAGUUGAAAUCUUUUCCAAGCGCUUCCCAAAAACCCAGCUGAACCAACUCACAGACCUCACGGCUUACGAAUACAUUUUAACGAGUAAAAAAGUGAGGAAUCGGAUAAAAAGUUUGCAGCUGUCAGAUCUUCACUUCCGCUUGGAUGAGAAUUACCGUGCUGAAUUUACCAUUCCACAUUAACCAUUUCCUCAGAGGUUUAAGGUCACAUAUUUAUUAGAGGAACAGGCAAUUGGUGUGUUGUGGUAUUCAUUCAUUCUGGGAGUUUUUUAGUAGUAACAGCUUUGUUGAUUGAGAAUUGAACUCUGCAUCAUUGCAGUACCACUGUACCCCCUGCCACUUCAGUACCAGUGUCUCACCACUGCAAUGCUGCUGGACCUCUGCUGCAGUACUGCUGUAUCUCCACUGCUAUACCGCUGUACUCCUGCUGCAGUACUGCUGCGUUACACUUGUUAUACCACUGCAGUACUGUUCCACCACUUCAGUGUCACUUUCUGUGCCUUUAAUCCUUAAUAAUAAGUCAACCCCAGUAUAUUACUGGUAUCCUG